ACUGCACUGUGAAAUUCUCAGCAUAAAUACUUCAUUUAAUUGCUAUUUGCUCAUAAUUAGUUAAAUACCAUUUAAUCCUGUAUGGUUUAUCUAGUGGUGAGUGAGAGGAAAAGUUGUAUAAAGUAAUUACUCAAUUGUCGGAGUUUGGUUGGAGACUGGAGUUACUAAAGUCAACCAAUAUCAAUUAAGUGGAAUAUCAAUCAAAUAUAAACAAUACACAAUAUUAGCAGACAAUGGCCAAGAACACGAGAAGUUUUGCUUUCCGCAAGAUUGACGUUGAUGAGUUCAACGAAGAUAACUACAAAGAGGACGAACCCGUAGAAUUGCACUCUCCAGUUUCUGGACCUGAUGAAAAAGAAAUUGCUCAAUUGUUAAAUCAAGGGAAGGGGCUUGAAGCCCUUAGGAGUUGCUUGAAAAAUGCACCGUUAGGUUCAAAGUCACAACAAUUGAAAGAUAAUGCCACAACAGUGACCUUAAGGGUCCUGAUGACGAUAAAGUCGUCGCAAAUAGAAGAAGCCGUGCAAUCACUGGACCCAGAGAUGCUAGAUGUACUAAUGAAAUACAUUUAUCGGGGCUUUGAAAUCCCGUCGGAGGGGUCCAGCGCCCAUCUACUCUCCUGGCAUGAGAAGGCUUUUGCUGUGGGAGGACUUGGAUGCAUCUCCCGAGUGUUGACGGAUAGAAAAAGAGUUUAAUUGAGUGCAUGUUUAAAACAUUUAAAACAUAUUAUAGCGUCUUCCCUCCGAAACUUCCUUCUUUAUAUAUUCUGAUUCACUAAUUAUCAUGAAAAGUCAAUAAACCACUUGUAUUUCGA